CUUUUGUCGUUGUUCAGCAGCUGCCUGCAAAACUGGAAAGUCCCUGACAGCCAGAGAGGUCUCAGCAGGAAAACUGCGGCCGGCUUCGUCAUUUUAAAUGACCCAUAUUAAGAAUUCAUUUCGUUCGCUGCGCCCACUGACGUAAAGUUGUUGCAGCUGGCUUCAGUGUCGAUUUUUUCAGCUUGCCUAGUAAAUGCUCCCCUCCGAGCGCUAGCUGCUGUUAGCGAGGCUAGCCCUUUGUGUGGCUAGCUGCUAGCUGAGAGAUGUUUUGUUGUUGUUGAACCAACCGAGCAGCCCUCCCGUCGUCUGGGGAGAGCGGAUCCAUCAGCUGUGUAUGGAAAAACGCCCUCUCCACCUUAUCCGUGAAAGCGAGCAGUGAAAUUCGCCGCGGUUAAAGCGACCCAGACAGAGAGGGGGAGACUUCCAUAGAAGAGGGAGGAGAUGGGUAACUGUCUGAAAUCUCCAACCUCGGAUGAUAUUUCUUUGCUGCAUGAAUCUCAGUCGGACCGGGCCAGCUACGGAGACGGUGCUGACCCCGAUCAAGAGCCACCGCCCCCCUACCAGGAGCAGAUCCACGUGCCCGUCUACCACCCGACACCCAGCCAAGCCCGUCUGGCCACCCAGCUGACGGAGGAGGAGCAGGUUCGCAUCGCCCAGCGCAUUGGACUCAUCCAGCACCUCCCGAAGGGCGUGUAUGACCCAGGACGGGAUGGUUCUGAGAAGAAGAUUAGAGAGUGCGUCAUCUGUAUGAUGGACUUUGUUUAUGGAGACCCCAUCCGGUUCCUGCCCUGCAUGCACAUCUACCACAUGGACUGUAUAGACGACUGGCUGAUGAGAUCCUUCACCUGCCCCUCCUGCAUGGAGCCUGUGGAUGCUGCACUGCUCUCCUCCUACGAGACCAACUGACACAAACACCCGUGGACCAGACUGGACACACAUCCACACGCACACACGUACACACACAGACACUGACACGGAACAUGCACACAAAUGACAUACCCAUCUUCCGUCUUGCUAACUUAUAUCCUGGAUUAGUAAGAUGGCAAAACAGCGGUCGUCUAAAAGAUGUUGAAUGAAGAGUCUGUGUGUGUGUGAGUGUGCGUGCAUGCGUGUGUAUGUAUACACAAUUUCCUCUGUUGGCCUGCUGGACAGGACUGCAUCUGGGAAAGGACUGGAGGAACAAAGCGCAUUGAAGGAAGGACAAGUCAGGAGCUGAGAGUGGGGGAGUGUAGAGACUGUAAAGGGAAGUCGGUGUGGGCGGCUGGUUAAGAAACCUUUCCUAGAUCUGGUUUUUUUUUUUUUUUUUUUUUUUUUUUUUUUAGAUAUGUGAUACACACACUCAAGCGUACAUACUUCCUUUAAUCAGUCAACGUCAUUGAAAUGAGCCCAUGACGACAUGAAGGAAGGACAUCUGACCGCCGUGAAGAGGCUGCAGACUGUGUCUCUUUGGACUGCCGAGGCCCGAUUAUUAUCAUGUCAAACUGAAAGAAAAAGAAAGAAACGUUGUUCAGAGGAGCUGCCAGAGCAGCAGCAGAGUCAUUCACAGCUCCUGCAUGAACUGUUACAGAUGCAGAUGUGUGAUUUUAAGAGUGCUACAGAUGGACAUGAGACUUUUAUUUUCCAGACAUAUCGUGGCCUCUCGCUGUCACCCUGUACAGAUCUUUCCAGAAAAUAAUAAUAUAGGUCGGUGGAUUUAUUGAUUGAUUGUCCUGUGGCUUUGUGAAAUCUGUUCUCUCUUUGUUUUGUCAGUCAGCAUAAGGGCUCUGUUGAACCAGUGUUUACCAACAACUCAGAAAAAAAGGAAAUGCAGUUUGUGCUUUAGUCACUAAUGUGAUGGAUAGCCAGUAGACUGUUGACUCCUAGUGACUUUUCUCAUUCAGUGAGCUCUGAUAUUAUUGGCCAAAGCACAAGCAGCCCACUUAAACCAUUAACUUAACCAGAAGUUAAAUAUUUGCACUUCUUUAUCAGACUUGUGACAAGAUAUGCAUCCAAUCAUCUAAGUGUCAAGUACAUCAUUUGCUUUAUGAAUCAUUGUUUUGUAAUGAAAGCCACUUUUUUUCUGUAGACCAGGAGUGGGUUCUUAAAUUAUUACUGGUGACAAUAAUCGAACUACUGAAUUAAUUCCAGUGUGUGGGCCCCCAGUGAUUUGUAAAGGAUACAAUUAAAACACAAACAGGGUUAGUGUUAUUUAAUGUGCAUAUAUCCAGAUCUCUGUUCUGUCGCAAACAUGUUCUGAAACUGUUCUAGCUAGCAGUUACCAUCAUCACUACAGCAAUGUCAAGAAAAAGAAUCAGCCUCUGUGAUGUUCAGGAGUGAACAUGAAGGAGGUUGCAACCACAUGUGGUCAGAAUUAGCAUCUCUGCAGUUUUGUGUCACUCUAUUUUUUUUAGUUCCUUCAUUUUCUUGGAAUCGAACUGAGGCCACAAUCUAAAUGAUCUCCUUGCUCCAUUUUAAAAUCUUGUCACCCAGUUUACUGUAAAAGCACAAAGAAAUACAAUUGCUCAGUUGUAUCUUCCUUCCCUCUGCUAAUCUCGGCAUGUAGGUGAGUGGGUAAAUGUGAAUCCUGCAGGAAACUAAAUCAUUUGUGCUCCGCCUGCAGAUCCCAUUUGAAAACAUGCCUUUAGUGAUCUGUGUGUGUGUGUGUGUGUUUUGUGCAUGGCAUCUGUGUGUGUUUGGGAAAGACUGGUGGGUGGCAAUCAGCACCUUUUUUGCACAGCACUCUAACAUACUUAACUCUCUGUGUUUAACAUUUUCCUCCAUCGUUCAGGUGGAGUGUCCUGGCCUUAGGUUACACAUGAGUCAAGGUUUAUAUCAGCUGCUGAAAUGUGAGUCCAGUUAAACUUAAAGCAAAUGAGAAGCAGAAGGGAGGAUUGUUUCCUGUUACGAAGGACCCACAAAUUGUAUCAAGAAGACUAAGGCAUGAAUUGUUAGUGCAUUGUGGUGUUUGGACUGGAAUUAUGUCACAUCACAUUCCUGCUUUCUUCCUCUGUAGGAUUGCAACAAAACUUUAAUCUGCCCUCUGCAACACUGCUGCAUAAAAUAUCAGAUGACAAGUUUUGCAUACAGAUGCCUUUUUUUUCAGAAUAGGCAAAGGUAUAAUCUCAGUCUGGACCUAAAUAAGUUCCAAGAGAUGGUGAGGAUAAACAAAUUGAGACUAUGUCAUUGUGUCUGUACUGUGUGUGUGUGUGUGUGUGCGUGUGCGUGUGUGUGUGUGUGUGUGUCUGCCAUAGUUCCACAUACAGUACAUGUCCUGAUUCACGUGAAGAUUAGCAGUCUUCCGGAGCUACGUGUCCCCUCACCAGCGUGACGCCCACUGGAGCUUGUGCUUCGUCGAUUGUUCAGCUGGCUCUGCCCUGUUGAUUUCCUGUAAUGUUCAGCAGUUCAUACUGAAUAAAAGUGCUCACGCCCCCAGAGGAUGACUCAUGCUUUUAACCGGUUGACCGUUUUAAACAGCCGCCCAAAAUGUUGCUCAAUCCCAGCAGAGAGAGAGCUUUGGAUCAGGAGAGACUCAAAUAUUUCAAAUAACUAAACUCACAGGGAUGGUAAGUGAGUGCUGUUGUGGGAUGGAUUUUUAUUUUAUUUAAAACAUUUCUGGACUUCUUUGAGACUGAAUUACAAGGUUUUCUCAUGUGUGAAUGGGUGUAUGUUGUGUGUUUGUUUAUGGAUGCUUGUUAAACUUUUCCUUGUUUGUAAGCAUAAAUAUGCAUAUGCUGUGUACUAAAGGCAAAUAAUAAAUAGACGUUGCAACAGAG